AUGACAGAAACCAGACGCCAGGCUAUCACCGACACUAUUAACCAAUAUGCGAACCGCUCGCUUCGAACCAUUGGAAUGCUGUAUCAAGAUAUGGCCCAAUGGCCUCCGGCUAACGCAGAGCUCACCGAGGGCGGUAGUGUCGAUUUUGGAUCACUGCUCAAGGAUCUUACUUUUAUUGGUGUCGUCGGCAUCCAAGAUCCCGUCCGUCCUGGUGUUCCCGAUGCUGUGCGCAAGGCUCAACGCGCGGGCGUUACAGUAAGAAUGGUCACCGGUGACAACAUGCAAACAGCACGAGCGAUUGCCACCGAAUGUCUCAUCUACACUGAAGGUGGUGUCGUGAUGGAGGGUCCAGAGUUUCGUCGUCUACCAGACGAUGAAAUGGACAGAAUACUUCCUCGCCUGCAGGUUCUUGCGCGGUCAUCGCCAGAAGACAAGAGAAUCCUUGUCCAACGAUUGAAGGUUCUCGGCGAUAUUGUCGCUGUAACAGGAGAUGGUACCAACGACGCACCAGCUUUGAAGGCGGCAAACAUUGGCUUUAGUAUGGGUAUUUCUGGCACCGAAGUCGCGAAGGAAGCAUCUUCCAUUAUUCUUAUGGACGACAACUUUGCGAGCAUCAUCACGGCUCUCAUGUGGGGCCGCGCUGUCAAUGACGCGGUACAGAAGUUCUUGCAGUUUCAAAUUACCGUCAACAUCACCGCUGUCCUGCUCGCUUUCGUUACCGCCAUAUAUGACGAAGAAAUGAAGCCCGCACUCAAGGCUGUGCAGCUCCUCUGGGUAAACCUCAUCAUGGACACGUUUGCUGCCCUCGCGCUCGCCACGGAUCCCCCAACGGAAAAGAUUCUCGAUCGACCACCUCAGGGCAAAGACAAGCCGUUGAUUACGACCACAAUGUGGAAGCAAAUAACUGGCCAAAACAUCUACAAGCUCACUGUCAUCUUCGUCCUAUACUUCGCUGGCGGUGACAUCCUCAACUACGACAUGUCCAACCCGGACAAGAGUCUUGAGCUCGACACUGUCAUAUUCAACAGUUUCGUCUGGAUGCAGAUCUUCAACAUCUUCAACAAUAGACGUCUCGACAAUAAGCUUAAUGUCCUCGAGGGCAUUCUGAGCAACUUUUUUUUUAUUGGAAUCGUCGUGCUCAUCAUCGGAUUGCAGGUCAUGAUCAUCUUCGUCGGUGGGCGCGCGUUCCAGAUCAGCUCUGGAGGUCUCGAUGGUACGCAAUGGGCCAUAUCUAUUGUUACCGGAUUCAUUUGUAUUCCAUGGGCAAUGGCUAUCAGGUACUUCCCUGAUGAAUGGUUCGCAGCUAUUGCAGCCGUGCUGGGAAGACCCGUGGUCAUCUUAUACAGGUGGUGUUGUCAAGGGGCAUCCAAGAUCAAGGCAAUGUUCAAGCGCAAGAAGGGAAACACGGAAAGCGACGCCGAGACGGGUGUCAUGCCUGCGAUCGUUGUCAAUGACGAUACUAGUAUGAGAGAGCAGAAAGCAUCAUAG